UACAAAAAUUAUAUUAUUUUUUUUCAGAAGAAAUGGCUAGUCCUCGAACCCGCAGGGUUUUGGCGGAGCUUAGGCCUAAAGAUGAAAAUAAUAAAUGUUUUGAAUGUGGAACUCAUAAUCCUCAGUGGGUGUCAGUAACAUACGGAAUAUGGAUUUGUUUGGAGUGCUCAGGGAAGCAUAGAGGACUAGGAGUACAUUUAUCAUUUGUCAGGUCAGUAACAAUGGAUAAAUGGAAGGACCUGGAGCUGAACAAAAUGAAGAACGGAGGAAAUAAACCUGCCAAAGAGUUUCUAGCUAAAUAUUCAGAUUGGGAGGAGAACGGAUCCCUAUCUGUCAAAUAUAACAGUCGUGCUGCUGCGCUUUACCGAGAUAAAAUCUCAACUGAAGCACAGGGAGGAUCCUGGUCAGAGAAAACAUCCUCAGCUAAGGAUCAUAAAUCCUCGUUUAUCUCCUCCUCAUCUAGCUCCGGGCCCUCAUAUAACAACCAGGGAGGGAUGAAAUCUAGCCAAAGUUAUUCCUCAGGUAUGGAUGGUAGCUAUGGUGGAGGUGGUGGUGGAGGAGGAGGAGGUGGGUACCAGGGGGGCCCGGUAGAUCCAAACUCUAGAGAAUUCAAGGCGCAAAAAGAAGAUUUCUUCGGGAAAAAACAAAUAGAAAACGCCAACAGACGAGAAGAUUUACCUCCCAGCCAGGGUGGUAAAUAUGCUGGGUUUGGUAGUUCGUGUAAUAAUCCUCCAGUUAGAUCAGCAACUACCCAGGAUUUCACGACCUUGGGAGGAUUGACCUCAAGUUUGUCCUCGUUUUCUCUGAACGCUGGUAGCCUCGGAUCCAGAGUAGCUGAGGUUGGAUGGAGGUUCACAUCUCUAGCUGGACAAAAAGCUGCAGAGUUAACAGAAAAUGUCUCUGAAAAGGUUAAAGAUGGAAGCCUGCUAACCGACCUGACCUACUCAGCAACAAAUAUUGCGGGAAAGGUGACAGAUGUAGUCGGGAAAAGGAAUUUUGAUCUUUCCUCUCUUUGGGGUACAACUAGAUCCGAUUAUCAACCGUGCGAGGAUUCUGGUUUAAUGCGAUCUUCAUCAAAUGGAAUGACUGGAUAUCAGCAGGACGGAUUACUCCAGGAUAAAUCUCCAACCGAGGAUUCUUACGGGGGAUACAAUAGCAGUGACAACUUUCAAGGAUUUGGAGAAGAAACAAAACCGGAUAGAAAAAAAUCGGAUGAUUGGGGUUCAGGUUGGGAUGACUCCGGGUGGUCAGAAUCUCCUCAAAAACCAGCUCCAAGCGAGAAAACUAAAACUUCCAAGACCGCCAAGGGAAAGAAGAUGGGAAACGAAGGCCCACUUAUAGACUUUGGAGACGAGAAGGAAAAGGACGAUUGGGAGGAUAACUGGGAGGACGAUGCAUGGCAAAGUUUGAGUAAAGACGAUUAAUUUGAUGCAGAAGUUUCAAAAAUAUUGCCCUAAUUACCUACCUAAGCAAGCUGAAAGGCCUAAUUGUUUCACAACAAGUGCUUUUCUAGACAGGAAAAAUACACUUGCUCAUUGGCCAUAUAACGAUUUUAAAUACAACCUCCUCAAGUUUUAUCUGAAAUAUACAAUGCUUUGUCUU